CCGCGUGCGCAUAACAUAACAAUCGUCGUCACUUGGCCGUAAUUCAUGGGCACAUAUCAACAAUUAAUAUUAUAGUUUUCAUACAAAUCUCGGUGUUUGCGAUAAUUUUCUUUGCCGUUUUAUUUCACAAACCUUUACCGUCAGCGCUCGAGUAUCCGCACCGGUGCGGUAAAGUCUCCGACUCGCAUCGUCUACGUACAACACCUAUUACCCAUCAUGGUCGCGAUCUCCUUCGAUGUGGACGACCGUCUGCUCAAAACGUAUCUCUUCUACUCGGGCGUGUUGGUGUUGAAAGUCCUGGCCAUGGCGGUAUGGACGGCCAGUUUACGCCUGGUGAACAACGUGGUCGCUAAUCCCGAAGACGCGAAACUGAACAAAAAGUAUAAAGUGAAGUACGACGACGUUGAUAUCGAACGAUUGAGAAGGGCUCACCUCAACGACUUGGAAAACAUUCCGUUCUUCUUAAUUGCCUGUUUCGGAUACAUGUUAACAAAACCCAAUGUAUUCGUCGCCACUAAUUUAAUCAGAAUAUUUGUGAUGUCGAGAAUAAUGCAUACAAUCGUUUACGCUGCGAUUAUUGUACGGCAACCAGCUAGAAUCAUUGCCUGGCUUCUUGCAUAUCUCGUAGUCAUUUAUAUGGCUUUACGAGUAGUUAUAAGUUUUGCAUGAUAUUAUAAUAAAUUACAAUCGUCGACUGUUGUAAUAAUUUUUUAACAAGUGUAAUUUCUAAGUUAUGCAAGGAAAACUAUAGUGGAGUUAUGUGAAAAAUAAAACAAUUGCUGAGGACAGAGUGCAAAAUAAUUAUAUGCUAUACAUUUCUAUAAGCUACAGAAACAUGGUUUCAUGUGUUAAAAUUAUGUAUUUUCAAUUCUGAGUGAAGCAAAGGAUCUUAUAGGCUUAAAACGUAUAUUUUUAUUUUUUUUCUCUGCGACCAUUUUUUCGGAUAGAAAUAUUGAUCCAAGUUUCAUCUAGCAACUUUUCAUCUUUUAAAAUCGGCCUGCCAAGGUUCUUUAGAAAAGUCAUUUUUCAAGUUUUCCGCAGUUUUUCUAGGUGUGAGGAAAACUGCUGAAAAAACGGUAAAAAUGCGCUGUAAACGAGAUUUUCACUUUUCAGAUUUUAGUUAUUUAGUCAUAACUCCAAAAGUUAUGUGUCUGGAAACUUGAAACUUUUACCUUCUAUUAAAAACAUUAUUUUAAUAUUUUUUAACAUUUCCAAAAAAAGUUAAGAACUUUUGGUUUAG